CAAAAUUAGGACUAAAACUUUCUAAGACAAGAGCUUCUCUUUUCAAGGUUAAGAGGGUCGCUUGUCCCAUAAACAUAUAAACCUCCAGGCUCGACGCAAAAGUAGCUUAUCUCGCUUAUGGAUAUUCAUUAUAAACAACCUGUUCGAGAACAGGUGCGAAUAAAACAUGACAUUUCGUGUUCUUCAAGCACUGUUGUCCUUCAUGUUUCAAGGUCAGAAUGACACAGAGUCCUCUGAAGCAGCAUGUCGUGUGUUGUGUUGUUGUGUGUGGUUGUUGUGUUCAACUUGGAAAGUGUUUGUUCGUGACUUGCUUUCUCAUUUAAGGCGCAAAGUCCUGCGGGAACGUGCCAGAGCUGUCGUAAUGCUCAUGCCGACGCUUCUGUAGAAAUGUGAUGUGUUUCAGAGCCAAUCUGAUGUUGUGGAGGGGUUCGAGGAUUACCAGCCGUGCGUCUGCGCAUCGAAUAAAUAGGCGAUUUACGCUCUGGACAGCAGCAAAUCAAACAUUGCCUCCGGAAAGGUCAUCGUGAUCUUUUUGACUGAUAUUUGUGAGCUGAUUUUGGAGGAGUGACGUCGAGGAAAUUUAGUUGCGUGGAGAUUUUUGGAUACUGUUGCGAUUCUCUGUCGAUUCUUUCACAAGGUCUUGCUGAAUCCCCCCAUCUCCCCUCCAGUCAGACUUUUGUUGUCUGCUAGAACAGGAGCAGUUUCUCUGAAAGUGAAUUGAGGUCUUAAACACUUGGGGUGAUGGCGGCGUCUGCACCCUCCUCCUCCUCCUCCUCCUCCACUGGCGGCGAUCCGGAUCCCAACUCGACAAAUUUACGGCCACCUUCCUCAAACUAUGACUGGAGUGGAGUCGCUCAUGGAUGUACAAGGAAACUUGGAAUGAAGAUAUGCGGAUUUUUGCAGAAGAACAAUAAUGUUGACGACAAGAGCCGAAUUGUCGGUUUUUUUAACGACCAGCAGCCCAAGAGCAUUUUAACACGGGACAACGAGCGAGACUCCCGCUUCAGACGCACAGAGACUGACUUCUCCAAUCUGUAUGCAAGAGAUCUGCUUCCUGCUAAAAAUGGUGAGGAGUACACAAUGCAGUUCCUGUUGGAGGUGGUGGAGAUCCUCACUAACUAUGUGCGGAAGACCUUCGACAGAUCCACAAAAGUGCUGGACUUCCAUCAUCCACACCAGCUGCUGGAAGGAUUGGAAGGCUUCAACUUAGAGCUGUGUGAUCAGCCAGAGAGCCUGGAGCAGAUCCUGGUGGACUGCAGGGACACACUCAAAUAUGGAGUCCGGACAGGUCACCCAAGGUUUUUUAACCAGUUGUCAACAGGUCUAGACAUCAUUGGCUUAGCUGGAGAGUGGCUAACCUCUACUGCCAACACUAACAUGUUCACAUAUGAGAUUGCACCAGUGUUUGUACUGAUGGAACAGCUCACCCUGAAGAAAAUGCGAGAGAUUGUCGGCUGGCCAAACGGAGAGGGCGAUGGAAUUUUCUCACCAGGAGGAGCGAUCUCAAACAUGUACAGCGUGAUGGUGGCACGGUACAAACACUACCCUGAGGUUAAAAUCAAAGGCAUGGCAGCGGUUCCCAGACUGGUGCUGUUCACCUCAGAACAUAGUCACUACUCUAUAAAGAAGGCCAGUGCAGUGUUGGGUUUUGGCACAGAGAAUCUGAUCUUGCUGAGCACAGAUGAAAGAGGUAGAGUCAUUCCAGCUGAUCUGGAGGCCAAAGUCAUUGACGCCAAACAGAAGGGGUUUGUGCCGAUGUUUGUGAAUGCUACAGCUGGAUCUACAGUGUACGGAGCCUUUGAUCCAAUCAAUGAGAUCGCUGACAUCUGUGAGAAAUACAACAUUUGGCUUCAUGUGGAUGGAGCGUGGGGAGGAGGUUUGCUGAUGUCCAGAAAACACAGACACAAGCUUAACGGCAUUGAGAGAGCUAACUCUGUCACAUGGAACCCACACAAGAUGAUGGGUGUUCCACUACAGUGCUCCGCCAUUCUGGUCCGAGAGAAGGGUCUACUACAGGACUGCAACUCCAUGUGUGCUGGAUAUCUCUUUCAGCAGGAUAAACAGUAUGAUGUCAACUAUGACACGGGGGACAAGGCCAUACAGUGUGGCCGCCAUGUAGACAUCUUCAAAUUCUGGCUCAUGUGGAAGUCAAAGGGCACUAUUGGCUUUGAGAAACACAUCGACAGAUGUUUGGAGCUGUCUGAGUAUCUCUACCACAAGAUCAAGAACCGAGAAGGAUAUGAGAUGGUGUUUCAAGGGGAGCCCCAACACACCAAUGUGUGUUUCUGGUACAUUCCUCCAAGCCUGCGACUCCUGCCAGAUGGAGAGGAGAAAAGACAACGGCUUCAUAAGGUUGCACCCAAGAUCAAGGCACUGAUGAUGGAGUGUGGGACAACAAUGGUGGGCUACCAGCCUCAGGGUAAUAAGGUCAACUUCUUCAGAAUGGUCAUCUCCAAUCCGGCUGUAACCAGGUCUGACAUUGACUUCCUGAUUGAUGAGAUAGAAAGACUGGGACAGGAUUUAUAGAGUGUACCGGGUGGAAAUUCAGUAGACGUUAGUAGAUUCUGUAGGGAUAUAGGAAAUUAAGAAGACAUUCUGAAGUAUUGUAUCAGCUGGACAUUCCAGAGUAUUAGACCAGUGAAGUGCUCUAGAAUAAUGAACCUCUCGGAUAUUCUAGAAUGUUCCACUACGAAAUUGGACAUUCCAGAAUGCAGAGGUGAUGAGCUCUUUGAGCUAUAAUUUCAUAAUGAAGGACCAUAUUUUCAUCCUAUGACAUUAUAUGUCUUCUCCUCUUCCCUUCUCCCAGUUGUCUGUCUGUUGUGUUCUGUUGUGUUCUGUUCUUUCUUUUAACUGGAAAUAUUAUACUCACUGUAAACUGCACAACUGUACAUUAAAGGAAUAUUCAAGGUUGAUUACCAUAGAAGUUAGAAAUAAUUUGUCCAUCACUUUGUACAAAGAAACAAAAAUUGUGCUUACAGUACAGCUUUUACAAUGGAAAUAUAAGGAGCAAGGCAUUACGUUGGGGUCAUAAUACCACACUGCAUUAAAAAUAUAGUCACAAAUACAAAGUUCUGUCAUGAAACUCUAGAUGGCACAGGCUAAUAGGUCCUAACCUGCUUGUAAUCACAUUGUUAUAUAUAGGGCACAGCUUAUUGGUUCCUGCUGUAUCAGUAGCCAAUGAGCUUGCGUGCUCAACCUUCAAAUACUUUGGUAGCAUUUGCCUUUGCAGUGCAGUGCGCUUCAGAAACCCUCACCCUUCCCCAGCUCCACCUGUAUAGAUCUGCUACAGGUAAUUCAUGUCCGCUAUAUUGUACAGCAGCAGCAUGUCUUACUUGCUCACAGCAUUGUGUCGUGUAUGUACUGGCAGUAGCAAGUCCC